UGAUGAAUUAAGAUUUACUACUGUAAACUAUGAUUUACAUACGUCAACUAUAGUUAAAAGAUGUUAAUCAUAGUUUCACAAUCGUGAAAUUAUAUUUAUCUGAUUAACGUUUUUGCAAUAGCAAAUGGUUGUUUAUUGUGUUAAUUAUAGUUUAUAUAGUUUACACGUUUAAAACAUAGAUAGUGGCUUUAAUUACAGAAUACAGAUGUGAAAUAUAGAUUCACUUCGUUAACUAUAGUUUUCUGUCCGUAUACUUGAUGUUCAAACGUAAAACCUAGUUUAUCGACUUUAAUGCUAUGUUUAGCCUAUUGUUAGAAUUUGGCGUUUCAUAUAUUUGCUCGUCUUGUGUUGUUCAGGAGUUGAUCUUUGCACUGCGUUCGCAGGGGGGAUAAUGAACAUAUUAACAGCGCGCAGGAUUACUUUACUUGAAUAUAAAUUGUUUGUUGUAUGCUAUCAAAGAUUUGGGCGUCAUAUCAUAAAAUCUCAUAUAACUUAAUUUAUUUUUUCGAUGUGCUAGUUGCCCCACCCUGGAGCAAUCAAAAUGCAAAGUUGAAAACGGGUUUUUAACGUCAAAUGACAAAGUUACAAACCCCUAAACUACAAAGGCUACUGUGAAAAUUCUAUGGGGGUUUCCCCAAAGAUGGCGAUCAAAUUAAAUAGCUUUUGUAAAAUGUGGAUUAGUCUAUGGAUCACUCAAGUCAAUGUACCCAGAAAUAUCUGUUUUAAAACAGAUUAAACGCCAUGUACAUGUAAUAUUACAGGUUUAAGUACAUAUUCAUUGAAUAGUGCAAUCUGUACACAGACGCCUUGAAUCUUUUUAUAAAGGACAAUCUUUUUUUGAUAGAACGUUUCAUUAAAAUCCUACCACCCUUUCCAGUAAUUUUGUAAUAACUUUUAGCAAUGAGAUACGCAAAUGUUCAUCUCAUUUGUAAAUUGAAAAACAAUAUUUUAAAAAAAUUGGAAAUAUCUAAAAAUUUAUUUAUCUUAAUCAUUUUUUACUAGAAUGUUUAAAUGUAAAUUACCGAUAACCGCUAUCACAAAAAGAAAGUAGGGACAAAUAGUUUUUUCCAGGUAUACAUGAUCUUUUCCUGUCUCUCUCAGGUGUCAGCUGGUCUUUACAAAAUCUUCUGUCAGCUGACUCGGUAGUUCGGGAGACGUAGAUCCGCCAUUUUAUCCAACCAGAUGGAUCCUCGUUUCAGUGUCCAGGACGCAGUACGGUGAAUACAUCACAAAACGAAAAUCAGGACAAUUAGGUUUUUCCAGUUAUGAUAUGUUACUGUCCCAGGUGUAAAAAAUUCUUUACAGAAUUUUAUUACUGGUUUUAUCGAGGUGGAGAGAUAACAUGUUUACUUAAAACAUAAUAUCAGUAGAAGAAAUUUAUUAACAGAAAGAAUUCAAUUUACAUUAUAUAUGUAAUUUCCUCUGUCAGCUGACUUGGUAGUCGGGGUGACCAGGAUCCGCCAUUUUAUUCAACAAGGUAAACACUGCCUUUCAUUUAUUUUUAUUUAGAGUAUAUAUUCAAAAGCUAAGAUAACAGAAAAAACUAUAAAAUAAAUUGCAAGCUAACGUAUUUUGAUGCACAGAUAAAUGCUGUAUUACAUGUACACUCUUUUGUAAAUUAGAUGGAUCCUCGUCUCAGUGCCCAAGACGUGGUACGGUGUGACCUUUGUGAGGAUCACCUUGUACAGAAUUAUUGUGACUUCUGUCAUGUCAAACUAUGCAAGCUAUGUAUAGGAGAACACAUCUCAGAUGAAUAUGACAAACAUAAAAUUGUCCCAUUCCAGCAACGAGAAUCCACCCUGAUUUUUCCAAUUUGUAAAAAACAUUCCAAAGAAACAUGCAAACUGCAAUGCAUGUCGUGUAACAAUUCUAUUUGCGCCAAAUGCUUGAUAUUAAAAGAACACAAAGGUCAUAAUGUAGUAGACUUAGAAGACAGCUACAAUUCGAAGAAAGAAAACAUUAAAAAAGAUACAGCAGAAAUAGAAAAUGUUAUUUCUCCAACAUAUGAAGAAAUAAGGAAAGCUUUGGAGAGCCAGAUUGCCAGCCUAGAUGGAGAGUAUGAAAAAAUUACCACAAUAGUGUCCAAACAAGGAGAGGAAUGGCAUAAAGAAAUUGAUAGAGCUAUCGGACAAAUGAGGAACGAAAUAAACGAGAUCAAAGUAAGCCAUCGGGACAUCUUGAUGAAGCAUUUAAAAGAGAUAAAACAGAUAGAGUUCAUGAUAAAAGAAAACUUAUCAACUUUGAAGGACCUACAGAGGGAAUCCAAUGUUGUGUCUACAUUCAUAGAAUACAGUUCAAGAAACAACGAAUUUGGUAAACUUCCUCCAAAAAUUCAUGUGACAGUGCCUACAUUUUGUCCGAAGCCAGUUUAUAGAAUAGAAGCUGAAAAAUUGAUUGGAACCAUCAAACCUCUAACCUCUACCACAGAUGAAAAUGGCUACACGUUGAAGAAACAAAAGGGGUCAUCCAGAGAAGUUUUGGAUACACCAGUGGUCAUCAACACGUUUAACACUGGGUAUGCCAAUCUCAGAAGUGUUUUCUUUUACAGCGAACAAGAAAUAUGGACGCAUGCUGAAGUUAGCGAAAUAAAAUGCUUUAACAUUAAUGGAAACGUUAUCAAUGCAAUUAAAACAAAGUCUGGAAAAGAUCCCAGUGAUACAGCAGUAACAAGUGAUGGUUGUUUACUGUUUAUUGAUUGUGAAUUGCGCACUGUAAAUAAGGUAGUGAAUGGUCAGAUAGAAGAAAUAAUCACUCUACAGGGAUGGAUACCCUGUAAUCUUUGUGUGACGUCCUCCGGUGAUCUUCUGCUAGUAAUGUGUGAUGAUGACAAAACUUAUUGCAAAGUUGUUCGAUACUCAGGCUCAGUUGUGAAACAAACAAUUUUUUAUGACAAAAAUGGUAAACCUUUUUACUCAGGAGUUUUCAAAGUAAAAUACAUUGCAGAAAAUAGCAACCUAGAUAUAUGCAUGGCUGACCGUGCAGCCGGUGCAGUGGUAGUUGUUAGUCAGGCUGGGAAACUCCGAUUCCGUUACACCGGUCAUCCAUCUAAGGAGAAUCCGUUUAUUCCUCGUGGCAUCACAACAAACAGUCAGAGUCAGAUAUUGGUAGCAGAUUGUGGCAAUCUCUGUAUCCACAUUCUGGGUCAGGAUGGCCAGUUCUUGCGUUUUAUUAAUGACAUAAUUAAUGAACCUUGUGGACUGUCUGUUGACACACUUGAUAACUUAUUCGUCGCCGAGUUCAAAACUGGAGAUGUUAAGGUCAUCAAAUAUCUUAAGUGAACGAUCAUGUGUUAAA